GUCAGUUUCAUUCCGAGCACGGUGAGGUCUACACGCAAAGCGGAAGACAGGCGUCGCGCGUCGCGUACGGAUACACAUUUUUCUCUCAGUGUGUGUUUUUUCACAAAUUGUGCAUUUUGCUUUGCAAAAAUAUUGUUGAGAACGUAAAAUUACUUUGCAACUGCACUGGUUUGAACGUUUUCUAUCGUGGCGGAAUGUUAUCGAAUCGAUGGAUUAGGUGAUAAACACGGAGAGAAUUGUGCAGAGUUUUUUUUUCUCCGUCGCAAGAGUCGAGUUCUCCAGGUGCCUUCUACGCACCACGGAAGAAAGUCCGAAAGGAGGGGGAAAACUUGCCAAGUUGCCAAAAAAUAGUUCUGGAAAAUAUAAUUGCGGAAAGAACACGCUUGUAAAACAACGGCAUACACUGGAAGAAAAAAAGAAAGGAAGUGAAAAAAGCGAUUUUUCUCUCAAGUUUCUUUUGCGUUCGCUUUCGUUGUCUGUUUUAUUUUUUUUUCUGUUCGCGAUAAUCUCGCGCGUGAGUGUGUGAGCGUGAAAGCGCACCGCCUGGAGCUGUCAGCUUUGUUUACCAACACUAGCGCACCAUCUCUCGCGUCAGAAGUGCUGUUAUUGUUGGUGUAUACGUCAAGUGUCAGAGAGGCUGCUGGUGUGCUGCGAUUGUAUGCGUUCACGGUGCAGCAACAGAGAGAAAGGAAUAAGGCGAAAUCACUGUGCUCUGUUCUUCGGGAAGAAGGAAAAUGUCGUCUUGUUUUGAAAAGUGAUUCUGGCUCGAUUUACGCGUUAAAGUGCACUGAAAGAAAUUUUACAAAAAAAAGGUUGUUUAAAAGCAGUUAAAGUCCCCGAAAGUCCACAAAAUCCAUUUUGUUUUCAAAAUCGAUCGAUUGAGUGUGUGUGAGUUUGAAUUGUGGUCGUGCAAAAGUUGCAAGAAAAUUGUGAUUAUUUUUGUAUGUUUACGCAAAAUAAAUUUCAAAAUACCAUCAAAGUCGGGCAAGUUUCGCCGAGCAAUCGAAGGAAUCCUAAAAAGUCUAGUGGUCUGGUAGUUGUUGGGUGAGGGCGUUUGGGUCCAUCAAAGCAACCCCCAUCCGCCAGCCGACCCCGUAGUAGGCCAGGCCGACCAAAAUAGGAUCACUGGAGGAAAAAAACGUCGUCGUCAUUACGGAGACCAACGGAUCGGCGAACGUCGUCGUCGUCGUCGACAGUAUGGUGAAACGCACGGACGGCACCGAGUCGCCGAUAAUAGCGGAGGGCGAUGCUGACACAGAUAAACCCCGCGUGAAAUAUGGCGAAUUAGUGAUAUUAGGAUAUAAUGGCUUUCUACCACAGGGCGACCGCGGCCGCCGCCGGUCCAAAUUUGUGCUGUGCAAACGGGGCGACGCGAACGGCGUCAAGCGGUCCAAGCACUACAUCGUCCAGUCCCCGCAGACGUCCCAGGCCAUCCUGGACGCGAAGCAGCACUCGAUCUCGUACACGCUGUCCCGCAACCAGGCCGUCAUCGUCGAGUACAAAGAGGACCCCGACACGGACAUGUUCCAGGUUGGCCGCUCGUCCGAGUCGCCGAUAGAUUUCGUCGUGAUGGACACCCUGCCCGGCGACAAGAAAGACGCCAAAGUCCUGCAGAGCACCAUCUCGCGGUUCGCGUGCCGCAUCCUGGUGGACCGGACGGACCCAACCCACAAGGCCCGCAUCUACGCGGCCGGCUUCGACUCGAGCAGAAACAUCUUCUUGGGGGAAAAGGCCACCAAAUGGCAGGACAACGUGGAGAUCGACGGCCUCACGACGAACGGCGUCCUGAUCAUGCACCCGAAGGGUCAGUUCUGCGGCGGGGCGGCCGAGUGCGGCCUGUGGCGCGAAACGUCCGUCGGCGGGGACGUGUUCAGCCUGCGCGAGUGCCGAUCGGCCCAGCAGAAGGGCCAGCCGGUGUACGACGAGACGAACAUCCUGCAGGACGGCACGCUGAUCGACCUGUGCGGCGCGACGCUGCUGUGGCGGUCCGCCGAGGGGUUGCGACAUUCGCCGACGAAAAAGGACCUAGAAAAAUUGGUAGACGAAAUCAACGCCGGACGUCCGCAGUGUCCGGUGGGCCUCAAUACUUUAGUAAUUCCUAGAAAAGUGUCAUUGGGUGAGCACGUCAAUCAGCCUUAUGUGUAUUUAAACUGCGGUCAUGUACAAGGCCAGCACGGCUGGGGCCAGGACAAGGCCUCGAACGCGCGCCGAUGUCCGAUGUGUCUGGAGCUGGGUCCCGUCGUGACGCUGUGCAUGGGCGUCGAGAACGCGUUCUACGUCGACUCGGGCCCCCCGACGUACUGCUUUAACCCGUGCGGCCACAUGGCCACGGAGAAAACCGUCAAAUACUGGGCAAACGUCGACAUACCUCACGGCACGAACGGAUUCCAGGCGGUAUGUCCCUUCUGCGCCACGCCACUGCAAGGAUCUCCGGGCUACAUCAAACUUAUUUUCCAGGAUAAUCUAGAUUAACUUGUGUCCUCUAAUCCCGCUCCCCCGUAAGCCUCCGAACGCUCCUCCCAAUUCCCAAAUUGCUAAUGAUGAUAAACCAAGCAUAGUCCCGUUGUCCCGAAACCUCCCCGUUUAAACACUCUCACUAUCUAAAAUCGAAUGAUAAGCAAAAAAUCAACUGAUUCGCUGAUAGUUUAUAGUACGUAAUUGUUAGAAUAUUUUUAAUCUAUUUUUUAAAUUAAUUAUUAUAAAACAUUGAGGAAAAAAAAUAUUGCAAAUUCAGCAACUCAACACAAAAGAAACAAAACAAACAACAAUUAUAAUUUUAUUUUGCCACGUUCAGCUGAAUACAAAGGGCACGACUAACAGAGCAAGAGAUCUAUGUGAGUGAGCUAACAAAAAAAAAAAACGGAUCGAAAUCAUACAUCGUAAUAGUCAGAAGUCGUCCGAGAGAAAUGUGAACAAAAAUCGCUUAAAAAUCUGUAACACUCACCUUAAAUAUUACAAAACAAAAAUGAAACCCGUUUCUUCUCUAAGCAAACGCAAAUUGCAAAAAUGUACACAAAGAAACAAACAAACAGAAAAAAAGCAGCUGCAACAACAAACGUUGAUCGUUCCCGUUGGUUGAGUUUUUAGAAUUUUCCGACCAUCAGAAAGGCGAAAACUAAAAAGAAAAAAAAACAAACACUAAAAUUUGAGAGGCGUCAUUUGUUUCAGUUUACUCGUUUUUUUAGUGUGUCCGACUUCGCCCCCAAGAUGUAGCGAGUUAAGGUUACGUUCAACUUCUUUCCGUGCUGCAUUUUUACAACACAAAGCGACGAAUAAUUAUUAUAACGUUUAAGUUUUUUUUUACGUUUUUUUGCUUAAGACAAAAAGAAAUGUAUGUGCAGAAGCGUGGGCGAUUGCGGAUUAUUUCUUUCUUUUUCGAGGCGAAUUGUAAAAGUUUUAGAUUUGAGGUGGCGAUGUUUUUUUUUGUUGCGAGUAGCUUCGCGCGAGUAGGAGAUCAAAUCGAGUCUACGUUUGAAAUUGCGCAUCUUAUUUAAACUUAUAUUGUGUAAAAAGUAUAUUAAGUAUAAUGAAGUCUUAGCAAAAAACAAGCGUGUGUGUGAUGUAAGAAAUAA